GAGGAGCGGGCAGAGGAGCAGCAGGAGCGGGAGCAGUGGGAGGAAGGAGCAUUGCGGUGGCACGGCGAGCCCGCUGAGGCCGCAGCUCGGCUGGCCCCGGCAGCAUCGCAUUGCCCGGCGUGCCGCAGGAUUUCCCAUUCCCAAGCCAUAUCUGGAUAGAGGAGGAGGCUGUGAUGAAGCGGAAGAUAUCCCGGGACACCAAUGCAGACAAGGAGUUGAGGAUGCAGACCAGGAAGAACAAAUCCCCACGAAAAAACCUUGUGGCAGAGGCCCUUUUGAGUGGCUCCUUGGUGCAGGAAUCCAAAGGGGAGGAAAAGCCCCGGAGAUCCCACAGGAGGAGGGACUGCAAACCCAGCCCAGGGUGCUCGGAGCAGGAAAGACCCACCCUGUGCAAGGAAGGCGGCCGGAGAUCUGGCCAGGGCCCUGAGGUGGUGGUCCAUGAGAAGCUUGAUGAUGGCACAAAAAAGCCCCACAAGUGCUUGGACUGUGGGAAGAGUUUCCUCAAGCGCUCCGUCCUGGUCUGCCACCAGAAGAUCCACACUGGGGAACGGCCCUACGAGUGUGAGGAAUGUGGGAGGAGGUUCCGCAUCAUCUGCCGCCUGUUAGAGCACAGGAGGAUCCACACCGGGGAACAGCCCUACGAGUGCGGGGAAUGUGGGAGGAGGUUCCGCAUCAGUUCCCACCUGAUCGUCCACCAGAGGACCCACACCGGGGAGAGGCCCUACGAGUGUGGGGAAUGUGGAAUGAGCUUCUGCACCAGCUCCCAGCUGAUCGUCCACCAGAGGAUUCACACCGAUGAACGGCCCUAUGAGUGUGGGGAGUGUGGGAAGAGCUUCAGGAGGAGCUUCUGCCUGAACCGCCACCAGAUGAUCCACACUGGGAUGAAACCCUACGUGUGUGGGGAGUGUGGGAAGGGCUUCCGUGUCAGCACUCCCCUGAUCAUCCACCAGGCAAUGCACACUGGGGAAAGCCCCUACAUGUGCUCAGAAUGUGGGAAGAGCUUCAGCCGGAGCUCUUGCCUGAUUGUCCACCAGAGGAUCCACACUGGGGAGCGGCCCUACAAGUGUGGGGAAUGUGGGAAGAGCUUCAGCCAGAAUGCCUACCUUAUUGACCACCAGAGGGUCCACACUGGGGAGAGGCCCUACGAGUGCGGGGAGUGUGGGAAAAGCUUCAGCCAGAGAUCCAGCCUGAGUGCCCACCAGAGGAUCCACACGGGGGAGAGGCCCUACAAGUGCUCAGAAUGUUGGAAAAGCUUCAGCCAUAAAUCCAGCCUGAUUGCCCACCAGAGGACCCACACUGCGGAUAGGCCCUAUGAGUGUACUCAGUGUGGGGAGAGGUUUCAGAGCAGGUACCGUCUCUUCUCGCAUCAGCAGAUUCACACAGAAUAGAGGCCCUUCCACUGCCCCAGCUGUGGGAAGGGCUUUAAGAAAGACUCCACUCUCCACUCACUGGGAAGAGCCCCUGACAAUGUCCCAAGAGUGGGAAGAGCGUAUCCCAGAACUUCAUAUUGAUCCAACAGCAAGGGAGGCAGCAGUAAGGGAAGCCCUACAAGUGCUCUGUGUGCAGGAGGAGCUUUGGGCGCUGCUCCAACUCCAUUCCCCAUUGGAGGACCCCCAUGGGAUGAUGCACAGUGGCCCUCGUUGGGCAGAGACUUGGUGAUCCACUGGCUGGUGGUCUCCACAUCUUCCUGUCUCCCCUUGGACACUUUGACCCAGCAGGGGAAAAAACUAUUGGGAUGCAAACUGACAUCAGGAAUUCAUUGGGGACAGCACAGUUUUUUACUUUCAACCCCAAAAGAUCUUACCUUUUGCAUCCAGUCAUUUCUUCAGGUGGCAUCAUAGAAUACUGGAUGGUGUUGGAUGUCUUUUCCAACUUAAAUUAAUCCAUUAUUCUAAUUGUUUGUGGCCCAUGGACAUCUUCCACAGCCAAAUGGUGAUGGACUGGGAUGAAAUAUCAAGAUUUUGGAGACAAUGGAGUGGAAAUUCCUCUACAAAAGAUCCUUUCUACUCACCCAAGGGCAUGGAUACGUGGCCAGCAUGGACACAUAUAUCCUUUUAUUUUGGCUUUGAUUUUCUUCCAUUUUUCUUCAUCCCUUCACCCAAACAUUGGAGUAAAAAUAUAGACAUUCAACUAAGACAUGCAUGGUGACACUGUGGGACAUGGGUGGGGACAUGGUGGUUAUGGGGAUGGGGACAUGGACAAGGACAUGGGUGUGGACAUGGCUGUGGAUGGUGAUAUUGGGCAUGGAGGGGGUCACAGGUUUAGAUGGUGACAUGGGGGUAUAUGGCCAUGGAUGAGGACAUGGGGGACGUGGCCGUGGAUGGUGACAAGUGGCUUAGGGGACAAGUCCAUGGGUUGACAUGCCCAUGCCACGUGGUGUCCCAUGACCAAGUGUUGCCCUGAUUUUUACAAGUGUUAAGUUUUCUUUUAUAGCUCUUUUGAAAGUUUUAAAGUUCUCAUAAAACUUCUUUAGCCUUCUGAUAAUGGUUACAUAUUUGAGAGUCAGAGUUCCCACGCUAUUUCAUGUAUAAAUAGAAUAGUUUACAUAUUUCCCUGUGGGUGGAGAGAAAUGAUUGAUUGGUCUUUGGACCAGUGUGGUUGGAGAGGUGGUACUUCCAUCCUCCAAUCCACGGCCACCUUUGGAAUUCUAAAAAUACCAGAUGUUUGAAUAAAACUGGGUCUUUUUGUCUUUUGAACU